AUGGAAUCAAAAAUUCUCUCGUCGAUACUAAUUGUUUCUUUUGUCCUGACGAGUGUCGUUGCCGACGAUGAUAACACUAAAAGCGAAACACCCAAUGAUACCGCUAAUAACAUAAAGCUUGGGUUCGGUCUUACUGCCGUGGCGGCAGGCGCCUCCAUGAUAGGAUCAACCAUACCAUUCCUUGACCUUGUCUUCCCAUAUAUUCCAGGAUGGGAGGGCUUUCGAAUUACACAGUCAAAAGGUUUCCUUGCUGGCUCCCUUGCGUUCUCCGCGGGUUUGCUAACGUUCCUCACGAUAAACGAUCUUUUCUCGAACGCCGUUGACUCAUUCAACAAUUCGAAUGCCUUCGACUCGAAAUAUUCUAACAUCGUCGCAACUUCCAUAUUCAGUGGAGUAAUCUUGUUACUCAUUCUAACCAAAAUCGUUAUCAGUCGCUUGAAAGGAAAGUUCGGUAAAAGAAACAAGAACGAUGGGGAAGUGGAUAUUGGCGACAAAGAAAAGAGCAAUGAUGAACAAAUUACAAAAAUACAUCUAGAUGCUCACCAACUCAAAAUCUUGGGUAUUCAAGUUGCCAUCGCCUUGGCUAUUCACAAUAUCCCGGAGGGGCUGGCCAAUUUUGUGACCACCGUUACUAAUGCCAAAGUUGGAAUCUUAUUUGCAAUCGCACUUGCAUUCCAUAAAGUUCCAGAAGGCCUUAUUAUAUCUUUGCCAAUAUAUUACGCUACCGGUUCACGAUGGAUAGCUUUUAUUAUCUCUGGGGGUAUGGUUGCGAUGACACAAUUCAUAGGAGCUCUUAUCGGUUAUGCUCUCGCUGAAAAUACGUGGAAUGGUGUUAUCUCGGGAUGUAUCAUUUCCGCAGUUGUAGGCUUUCUGCUCUAUGUCAUCUUUCAUAGCAUGUUUCCGUUAGCGCGUCGCUACGACCCUGAAGAUAAAUAUUGCACAUACUGUACAUGCGGUGGCUUCUUCUUUGUUGCCAUGGUCGCGUCACUUUUAUCCAUAUCUGGUGUUGACGCAUAA